CCAUCCCAGUCGCACAGUAGUUCGAUGACCUGCGCAGUGAGAGUCAGCGCAAACACAGUACAUGUUCCAGGUCCGUUGCUGUCGGCAUUUACCGUGCAGCACUCUUGGUCAAUCCAAAUCUCCAAAUCAUCCACUACCAGAUGGAGAACGCCGUUUUUGAUGUUACUGUAUGCCAGGAAAACUAAUGCAAAUGGAGGAAGUCUUUGCCUUGGCAUUGAAGAGGGAGGUUGGAAACAGCCGUCCACCAAUGACAUUGUGGCAACGCACAGCCGAUGGUAUGAGGGUGCCCUUCACCCGAUACAUACAUACAUAGUCAGUUUGGAGUUAGCGCGUGUUUGGUUUUAAUCAAAGCUGACCUACAGCAACCAACCGAGAGACUUGGGCCAGACUAUCAAUACGAGCGACACUGUAGCACAAGAACAUCUGCCGGCUCCAUUUGGUCCGGAAGAGGUCAACGAGCAUGCUAUUUCAGGAGAGAUCCCCGGUUCGAUAUGCAUGCACCAGGACAGCAGCCACCUCACCUUUAGUGUGUCGAUCGUUCCCGCCCACUAGCAUUCAUCCAUUUCGCAAUUGCGUGUGUGGCAUCGCCCUCGUUUUUACCCAUCUCCAGCAUGGAUUAAUAAAUGCGCAUCAUGCCACGGAUUUUCCUGCUACCCGACAGCACCCUGGCUUGCUUAUUGAUCCUUCUUCAAGCCUCUUCUCUCCACCAUUUCUUUUCCUGGACCGAAAUGUGAAGCACUCAACGCCACUUGACUGCCUAGCUCACCGUUUCCACUGCUGCGAUAACUGUCGCGCCACAUGAGCCAUGUCGGCUUUCACGCCUGAACAGCUGGCAUAUUUGCAAGCACAUCGGGACGACUCGAGGGUUCAUGAGAUCUAUGGAGUAUACUGCGUUCCCAUCGCACUCGCAACCAUCAGCACGACUCUGCGGGUAUGGGCGAAGACCGCGGGUCGGAAUGGAGUCACACUGGACGACUGGCUCAUCAUUGCUGCAACGGUGUGUCUCGUUGGACAAUGCGCAAGCGGCCUGGGAUUCGGCCCACCUCACGGUAUGGGAAGACAUGUCAUUGCAAGUGAGCCUUACGAUCUGAUGAUGGUGCGGAAGGGCGAUUAUGUGUUUAGCCACUUCUACGAUAUCGCACUGGUCAUGGUCAAGCUCAGUAUCCUCGCAUUCUACUAUCGCAUCUUUGCUCUUCCUAUAUUUCGAAAAUUCGUAGUUGCAACCGCGGCUUUCGUCAUUGCUUGGGGCAUUGGAAUCACCGUAACACUCGCACUUGCAUGCCGUCCGAUAGCCGCAUUCUGGGACUCUAAUGUCGCAGGAGACUGCCUCGAGUUAGUUACAUUCACAUAUUUCACAAACAUCUCGAAUCUAUGCACGGAUAUCUGGAUCUUUGUCAUGCCUUGGCCAGUUAUUUGGCACUUGCGUAUGCAGACUAAGAGGAAAGUGCUACUGUGCUUUAUCUUCUCCAUCGGUCUUGCGACUUGUGUUGUUUCCUCCGUCCGCCUUACGGUAGUCCUCGGCCAUGGAAAUCCGGAUUUCACAUGGUACUAUGUACCCCUGGGCGCAUAUUCCGCGUUUGAACCGCUCGGCGGUCUACUGUGCGCAAACCUACCCAUCAUAUUUCACAUGUGGCGCAAACGACGCAAUAUCCUCACCGAUUCCUUCCGCUUCAAAACGCAGCCGUCAUCGACCGCUACACCCAAUUCAGGUGGAUCGCGACGAAGUCGUAUCGCACGCUCCCUUGGACUCAGUAAUAAUUCGCAAAGCCUUGGAGAUAGCCAGGCGCGCACAAUUAUCGGAGACGAAGAGAGUGGUUGGCAUCAAGAGACGCAGGAGCAACGUGCGGAGCAAUCUCAGCGGGCGCAAUUCUUCGACAAAGUCGAGAAAUCGCACACUAUCAGUGUAGACGUGGCGCCCAGCGAGAACAGUUCCCGCAGAGAGCCGCUAUUCAGUAGCAGCAGUGCUGGCAUCCAACUUCCACCAAGGGCUGCCGAAGGCAUGAAGAAAAAUGUCUGGGAAGUCAGAAGGCAGAGAUGAAUGAGGCCAACUUUACGAUCUGUCUUACCAUCAUGUUCCUUUCUUGUCUAUUUUAUAUCUAUUGCUUACAUACUCUCCUUUGUUGAUCUAUCUCGAUACCCAAGGGCACAUUAUCGGUAUAA